UGAAACAAAUGAAAUGGCUGCUUCAGCUGAUAUUUCAAACUCAGCGCAAAGCCAUCCUGCUACAGAUUUGAGGAUUGUGUUGAUUGGAGGAAGAUCAGAUGGACGUCCCACUGGUAAAAGUUCUGCUGGAAACAUCAUCCUGGGUCAAAAUGUUUUCAACACCAGCAGAAGAACAGCUCAGAGUGAAGCGAGGCAGCAGGAAGUGUUCAGCAGACGAGUCACAGUGGUUGAUACUCCAGGAUGGUGGUGGAGGUGGCCAAGAGAAAACACUCCAAAACUGGAUCAGAUAGAAAUCCAGAACAGUGUCCAUCUGUGUCCCCCAGGACCUCAUGUCUUUCUUCUGGUCAUUCCUGUCAGUUUAUAUUUCUCUCAGCGAGUCAAAGCUUCACUAAAGCAACACUUGGAGCUUUUAAAUGCAGAUGUUUUCAGUCACACCAUCGUUCUGUUCACUUCAGUCGCUCCAUGUAGUGAUGAAACUGUAGAAUCUAAAAUCAGAAGACGUUCAGUCCUGCAGUGGAUUCUUCAACAAUGUGGAAACAGAAAACAUUUUCUCAACAUCAGCAACAGAGAAGAUAGAGAUCAAGUCAAGAAGCUUUUAGAGAAAAUUGAGACCCUGAUUACAAACAAUGGAUUCAGACACUGUUCUGUUGACAGAAGUCAAGGAGAAACUCUGAGAAAAGAAAUGAGAGAUUUGACUGAAAGAGCCUCAAAAAGGUUUGAUCAAGUCCAGAAACAAAGAAACAAACUGAAGCUACAGAUUGAAGGUGGAAAAGUCCCUCCAAACCAUUUGAGAAUAGUGAUGAUUGGAGGGUUACUGACUGGCAAGAGCUCAACAGGAAACACCAUACUAGGAAAAAAUGAAUUUGGCUUUCCUAAAUCUAUUGGAAGAACAACUCACAGUGAAAUCAGCCAUGGUGUGGUUGAAGGAAGGCGGCUCACAGUGGUCGAUUCUCCUGGAUGGUAUUAUGUCAACACCCUUCAGGAAACCAAUGAAAUGGAUAAACUGGAAAUAGAGAACAGUGUGAAUCUGUGUCCUCCAGGACCACAUGCUGUGCUGCUGGUUAUUUCUGUGGACAUUAACAUUGAUGAAUCACAUCUGAGAUCUGUUCAGGAACACAUGAGUCUGUUUAGAGAAGAAAUCUGGAAACACACACUUGUUCUGUUCACCUAUGGAGACUGGUUAGGAGUGAAGACUGUAGAGGAGCGAAUAGAGAGUGAUGAAGGUCUGCAGUGGAUAGUGAACAAGUGUGAGAACAGGUAUCAUGUCCUGAACAACAAGGACCACAGUGAUAAGACUCAGGUAAAGGAACUACUGGAGAAGAUUGAAGAGAUGUGGGCAGGAAAUGAAGAUCCUUACUAUGAAGUGGAGCUGGACCGAGCAGCAGAGCUAGAAACCAAGAGAGAGACUGGAGACAAGAUGGCCAAGAGGUUGAAGACGAUCAAUGAGAGAAAGUCAAGAGUCCUGAAAGAGCUGAUUGAAGGUCAAAGAAGUUCAGUCUGUGACAUCAAGAUUGUUCUUGUGGGCCAGAAAUGUUCAGGGAAAAGUCUAGCUGGAAACUUGAUCUUGUUCAAGGAUCAAUUUAAUAUAACUUCUCUCAGAGCUUGGUUAAAAAAUACCUGUCAAGAUCAUAUAGAAACUUCAACAUGUGUGAAACAUGAAGGAAACUUUGAUGGAGUAAAAGUCUCAGUUGUUGAAACUCCAGGCUGGUUCUCAGACCCAACACCACCUGACUGGAUCAAAGAUGAAGUUCUCCACAGUGUCUCCAUGUGUUCUCCUGGACCUCAUGUUUUUCUCCUGCUUGUUCCCAUCCUCAGAUCUUUCACAGAGAAAGAUCUCAAAGCUCUGGUGGAGAUCAUGAAGCCAUUAACAGAGAGAGUGUGGAGACACUGCAUGGUUCUGUUUACCAGGGGAGACUGGAUCAAUGACGUCCCUGUAGAGAAUUACAUCGUCAGAGAGGGAAAGGAGCUCCAGGAGCUUCUGGAGAAAUGUGGGAACAGAUACCAUGUUAUAAACCCUUAUCAUUCUCAAGACCCUGUUCCUAUCAAAGACAUGUUCCAAAAAUGUUUUGAUAUUGUGAAGCAAAACAGAGGUUGCUUCACAAUUAAAGCUGAAGAAAAGAAACCUCAGAUUCCACAUUGGCAAGCAAAACAGUUAGAAGAAGAAUGGAAAAGGAGAGAACAGGAGCUGAUAGAGCGAAUGAUGAAAGCUUUAUCAAAGGAACCAGAAGAACCAACAGCAACUCAUGUGAGAACAGCAAAGAGCAAAGAUCGCAAUCCUGACAUGAGUGGAGAUGUUGCCUCAGAAUAUGGGAGCAUUUCAGAGAACAGGAGGCGACGAGGACAUGACCAAGUAGCUGAAUGGCUGAAUAACAGAGUCAAACUGUCUGCGAUCAGCUCUGGGAUCGGCAGCAUUUUUGCCUCGACUAUAUAUUUGGAAAACGUUGAUGAAAGUUCUGAAAACGAUUAAAGCAAACUUGGAAAUUUAGGAAAAGAACAAAGUACAAACUUAUCUUAUGAACUUCUAAAACAAAACUUUAAUAUUUAAAUCUUGUUAUUUUAGCUAAUCAACAAAAAAAAAUAGACAUAACGUCACUUGAAGAGUAAUAUCCAGAAAAGUUUUUAUGUUCUUUCCUGAUAUAAUACUUCAUAAAAUCCAAUAAAAAAUAACACUAACAUAUUUAAAAUAUUUUUCAUAAUCCUGAUAUAGCUUUCAUCCUAUUUUCUUGUACAUUACCUAAUACUCAUAAAGGUAAUUUUUUUUAUUAAACCAAUGCUGGAGAGUAAAUGUAAUGUAUAGUUGAUUGAGCUGCAUUCAAGAGAAAAUACAUCAGUUAUAACAUCUCUAUUUGUUUAUGAUAAAAUAAAACAUAAAAGUAUUACUUAUCUAUUAAUGGACACACUAUAUUCUGUAUCUUGCUUUUAUGUUUUGUACCUUCCAUUGGACUUUUUUAAUCAACUAGAAGAUGCAUCUAAAAAAUAACCUUAUGCAAGUGUGCUGCGGAAACCUUGAAAUGCUAAUUUUAAAAGGUUCAUUUGACCUCAGUUUUUGAUCAGUAGAGUUAAUUCUAAGAUUAGCUUUAGAGAAGAUGUUUCCAUCU